GUAUUAGUCAGUUGAUUUCUGGAUAUUAAACGUACAGGUCAUCGUCAGGCAAAUCGAAACUUGAAUACUCAUUAAGCGCAGACCGUGCUUGUCAAUGAAAUUGUUAACAUUAUAUUGUUUCGUCGGCCAUCGAAACGAAAAUAAACUUAUUUUCGAACCUACGUUAACUAAUCAAUAAUAAAUAAAAAGAAUAUAGAACAAUUGGAGCAAAAGCACUCAACCAACAACAAAAAACACUCAACACCAACCAUAAACACUCAAAAAAAAAUAUCCAAAUGCAACGCAAAACAUCAGCAGCGGCUAUACUUAAAUUCAUCGACAUUUAUAUAAUCUUAUUAACAUAAUAUUCUAAGCAUUACCAAAUGAAAAAGUGUAAAUACAAACGCAACAUUCUCUUUUCAAAUUGGGAGAAACGAUCACACAUUUUAAUACAUAUCACUCGGAUGCAUUAAGAAUAUAUUAUAAUAUAUGGUUCUGGAAUUCUAAUAUAACAACACCAAAAUGCAUUGCGGCCGCGUAUUGAUCAAGUAUUUACAAUUUGACAUAUUGGUAAUUUUGGCAACUAUAAGGCUUGGGAAUGCACAUUUUAAUGGACCACGCAGUCGGGAAAGAAAUUUAAGCAAUAGCAAUGGAGUAAAAACUGAAGAAGCAUCACAUAUCGUAAAUCCCAGUGGUGUUAGAACAGUUGGUGAAGUGUUUGUGCCAAAAACCUUUUCACUUAACUCACAGGAACCGACAUGCGAACAGCUCCGCGCCAUGUGGAUUUUUUCAAAGAGGCAAUCUCGAGCUGCAGAAAUAACCAAUGAAAUACCAACAUAUAGGGAUCCCUUCACAUAUAAUGUUUGGGAGCCUCUGUUUUUGAACUCUCGAAUGCUGGGAUCAUUACGAAUGAGCGCAAGGGAAAAAGCCAGGUCACCUGUUUUUGGCCGUGUUCUCAAUCGAGAGCCAAAUGGACCGCAGCGUAUUCCAUUUGAACACCAUCGAAGAUUGGGUGAAUUUGGAUCAAGCGCUUCUGGUUUAAGUCACUCUCGUUAUUAUGGAGCUGAAAUGCGACCACAAACGGGAGCUUCCUCAAUUCGUAGAUCAAGCCAAAAUCGGUAUAUGGGAAUCCCAAAUAUUACUGGAAAUAAUCAAAAAGAAAGCCAAAAUUCAGUGGCUAUACAAGGAAGCUUUCAAAAGCUCAAAGAGCUAAUUUGGACUGAGAGAGCCAAGGAAUUAACAGAGCAACGUCGAGAUGAGGAGUUGGCAGCGCGUUCUGCUGCCCUUAAAGAAAUUGCUAACGGAAAAAACUUAAUUUCAGAUUAUCACCAUCAAGUCGGUAGCUUAUCUGAUUCUCCAUUAAUGGAUGAAAAUCGAAGUCCUGAAGAAAAUAGAUACCGAGAUAGUGACGUAAAUCGGAAGUCAAUUCUAAAUGACCAAAAUUUUCAAAAUAGUAAUAUGAACAAAAAUGGAAAUAGAUCUGGGCUUAAAGCAACAACGCGUCGCAUUGGAAAUUCUCCCUACAAUAAUAAAGAGUUUCAAACUAAUAAGGAACUUAAAAGCAUAUUUUUUGGAAGUAACAGAGCUGCCCGCAUUAAAAUGCCAGCAACUGAAUUUAUAUCAGAUGAUUCCACCGAAAGUGAUCCUUCCGUGGUUGGAAUCCCAAGAGCAUACCCAAUUCGAAAAUCGCACUUCAGAGAGAGAAAUCGGUCCCUUCUAAAUGAGCCGCAAAUAAAUGGUAAUUUUCAUCGCUUUUUGAGAGGAUUACCGACAUGGCCUUCCAAAAUGUCAAUACAAGAAAUAGAAAGCAGCAACUUUUUACCUAAGGAAAAUUUGUUAGGCACCCAACUGGGUAUACGUGAACUUCAAAAUAAUCCAAAAUAUGAUAAAUAUUUGAAUUCUUUAGAAAACAACGAUCAAAAAUUAUCAAAUGAACAAAAACGAGGAUUCUAUGAAUACGAUAACUAUUAAAGAGUCUGUGGUACCUACCUAGUCGCUAAAUGUUUGUAAAGUAAGUCAGUCUCAUUUUUAAACAUUUAAUUACACCUUAUUAAAAUAUAAUCUGAAUUGUAAAUAAGGCGAAUGCUAAAGUAAAUGCCUAACAUACUUUUUUAACAUAAUUUAUUUUAAUAAUAUAUUUGAAAAUUACUAUUUUCGAGUAAUUUAAAUAUCUUCCAAUUGGGUUAAUCAGUCUAGUUUAGUUAAUCAGUCUUAAUAAAAAAGUCUAGUUGAAAUGAAACCGAAAUAAUUUGUGGAGAAUAAAAUGAAUAUAAUAUGCUUAAAAUAUUCAAAUAUAAGAAAUACUCAUCGGAUAUCGGAAAGUUUUGUCAAGUAGCUAAUUUGUGCCUCCCUAAUUUGACAUAAACCUUGAACGAAUUUAUUUUGGGUUGAAUGUUUCCUGAUAUACUAAAUAGGAAAACUCACUGCACUUUAGAAAUGAAAAUUCUUUAUAUUAUUGUUUAAUAAUAGGAUUCUGUAUUAAAAAUAAUUAAGCCGAAAAUGAUAAUUUCUCGAGCAGACCUUCCGAUACUUAAUAUAAUUCGAUUAAAAGGCCAAAUUGACUGUAUUCAUAAACAUAAAUAUAUUUUUCGAGAUAAAGAAUAUUUACGAAUCAAGUAAUGUUACGUUUGGAAUUUACAAAACAAAAUGCUUCCAAUCGAUAACAAUCAAAUGCAAAUAGCAUAUUUUUGGACUAGUCAGUCAAUAUUUAUUCCGAAUUUCGAAGAACACAGAAAAAAGCACUUUCACGGAAGUACCUACAUACCUACCUACAUAAAAAGUUUGUAAAACAAAAGAUUACUGUUCAUUAACUACAAUAUAAACAUAUCACGAUCUAUAUAGAAGUGUUUAAUAUAAUAUCGAUCUAUGCUCAAGCCGUAUGACAUUUAAAUUCUUCUUCUCGAAAUUUAAACGUAAAGAUAAUCUAACAAUCUGUAUUAAUGUGCAUUCAGUAUUAUUAAAACCCAAAGUUAUCCAGUUCUGAAUCUUUAGCACAAUCUUUCAUUGUGCGCAAAGCAUAUGGAUGUACAUACCAUUCUUUAUACAUAAAUAAAAUACACCAUUUCUAAGCUCGUGUCAACAAUCGUUAUAAUAAUGUAGAAUACCGCUGGCUUAACUCCAGCAUCUAUUAUUUGGAAAGCAGUGCGGUAUGAUGCUAAUUGAUGCUAAUUCAAUCAAACCUUUGAAAAAUUGAAUUUAAUUUGGUUGCUAAAAAUGUGUAGGCAAAAAUUCGUGUAAAAUUUUACAUAUCGAACUAUCAUACAACCUAUUAAUAACUAAACAUGUACUUUAUUGAUGAGACGGUGUUUAAAUCAAAGAACGUAUCUGAUCUAGAUCUGAAUCAUUCUGAAGUCACCUAGUGUUCAUUCACAACAUUUUUAUUUCAAAGAAUUAUAAAAGAAGUUUCGAAUUUCUGAAACAGUUAAAACGCUGAGGUAAGAAACAACGUUUUAUUAAUUUAUAUAUUUUGUAAAAUAAGCAUCAGGAUCGCUGAUAUGUCAUAAAAACUAUCGUCGGUAAACAGUUAUUAAAUGAAGCUAGAAAACGCAUGGUGUAUAAAACAAAACAUGUACGUGCUUGUAGUGCUUGUAUGAAAUACAUAGAAUAUUUAAGUGUAAGUUCAAUGACAAUAAUUAAGAAUUUUGUAAUAAGCAAAAUAAGAAAAUCAGACAAUAUGAUGCUUUUUAUCAGUAUUAGAAAGAUUAUCAAGUAUAAGUCAGCAAGUAAACAUCAUCACAAAAGUUCUGAAGUUGUCUACGCAUGGUUGGGGUUUUUGAUAUUGAAAUCAAAGAAUAAAAAAUUAAUUAAUUUAGGUAACACGUUUAUUGUAAAAUAUGAUGUACAUUAAAAAAUGUAACAAAAUAAAAUUAUACAUACAUUAUAUUGUAUUGCAAACU